UCAACAUGUGAACGCGCUUCAGCUCUGUUGACAUCUUUAAGCUGACUGGCAGGUUAGCAGGGUACUCAGCCUGGUUUUCAGUGGAUGGAGUUGACAGAGAAGAGGGACUUAGAAACAGACGCUCAUUUGGCAUUCUUUCUGCUUGACUGGUUUCAGAAGACAUUCAGACCUACUGGCUCAGCAGUAUUUGCACAAGCUCUUUGGGAGUAAGAGGUCACUUCUGCGGGGGAAAGAUCCAGAGACAGAGGAGGGAGAAAGUACCUGCCUGCACAAGAGCUGAUGAGGACAAUCUGGAAAAUGAUCAUGAAGGACUUGUCAGAUGGGGAGGAAACGCUGACUGGAGUGUAAACACAGACCACUAAUUUCUAAAUAGGAGUGUUUUCCGUCACCGUGAUGAUGCCACGUGAGAGCUCCCUUCUGACUCACCUGCUCCUGCUCCUCCAGCUCCUUCUCCUCUCCCUGUCCCUGCUGCACCCUCCUCACCUCCCUCUGAUCCACAUCCCCACACUGGUCCCUCACACACCCACACCCCUCACCCGCUCCCACUUCAGCGCUCUGACUCAGCUGGACUUCACCACUCACUGCAACUCCAGCUGCUUCCACAGAGGAGAGGAGCAGGAACAGAAGGAGCAGCUCACUGACAAACUGGCUUUUGAGACUCUGUAUGCUGAUGGCUCCCGCACUCUCACUACUGUGGAUGUGGAGGGUGAGGAUGAGUAUGACCAUGAUGCAGGUCAUUUACCUCAUCCUUCUCCUAAAACAGGACCCAGAGUGAAACUUGGACAUAAGCGUGUGAGGCGCCAGAUCUAUGGAGCAGAUGGCCGCUUUAAUAUCCAAGGUGACAACUUCCUGUUGGAUUAUCCUUUCUCCACAGCUGUGCGGAUCUCCACUGGCUGCACUGGGGUGCUUGUGUCUCAGCGGCACGUCCUCACAGCUGCCCACUGUGUGCAUGAUGGGAAAGAUUAUGUGAAAGGGGCGAGGAAGCUCAGGGUGGGGUUCCUGAUCCCUCCAUCCAUAAAUGGCACCAAAGCUGGCCUUGCUUCAUCCGAGAAGCCUCUGGUCCGCUGGGUGAGAGUGAAACGUACCCGUGUGCCAAAAGGCUGGAUCCAGGGCCCUCAGGAGGUCAGCAUGGACUUUGAUUAUGCUCUGCUGGAGCUGCGAUGGCCUCAUAAACGUCCCUUCAUGCGCCUCUCUGUGGCUCCCUCCUCUGAUGACCUGUCGGGGAAGCGCAUUCACUUCUCUGGUUUUGACAGUGACAGACCUGGGGAGCUUGUCUAUAGAUUUUGUCCUGUGGAGGAAGAGUCCAGCGACCUGAUAUACCAGCACUGUGAUGCUCGGCCGGGGGCCAGUGGCUCUGGAGUGUACGGAAGAGUAUGGGACAAUGGGUUAGAGCGCUGGGAAAGGAAGGUUAUCGGCAUUUUCUCUGGACACCAGUGGUUAGAGAUAGAUGGGGAGAACCGGGAUUACAAUGUAGCUGUGCGCAUCACUCCUCUGAAGUUUGCCCAGAUCUGUUUCUGGGUACAUGGUAAUCGACUAGACUGUGUCCAGGACUGAAAAAAAAGUAGGACAAAUUGAAAUUUUGAAAGUACAGCAUGAAAAAUACAAGAACAAAUUGACUGACAAAAUACAGAGUGAAAUAUCUCAUUUCUCCCAAAGAAGGGGAAACAGAAUAACAUCCAUACAAAAGUAACAUACCAGUAAAGCAGAUCCAAUUACUUUCUUUUGGAUCAUUUCUCCUUCAGUGAUUUAUUUCUUUCCUGUGUUUAAUUUGCUCCCUGUAAUUUCCUGGCCUAGUAAACAAAUCUGCCUGUGAGAUAAUCACCCUAGCAUCUUUCAAUAUGUUCUUACUCACAGCCAGUGUUUCCAGAGUAUUAACAUAAGGCACUUUUUGCAAGGGGGAAAACAAGGCUGUUCCUUGUCUGUGCAGUGUGUCAGGCACAGCAGAUUUUCCUACAGUGGAUGACAGCAAUCUGAGGACAUUUUUCAUUCUUCCUGUUUUUUUUUUUUGUUUAAGAAAUGGUUUGGUAUUGGGACAGCUCUUCAAGGAACAAUGUGGUUCUUCUGUCACCGUUUGACUUCUGAUAGACACGGAGCUCGUGGCCAAUAAAGCAGAUUCUAAUAAAGACUCCACAGUAGUUUAUAGACACCACUGAUGCUUUUCAACCUAAUGUUUCAGCUGACAGCUUGGUCUCGUCAUUGUGGACUGGAGAGAGUUAAUUUUAUUUAAAAAUUCUUGAUAUAUUUUAAUAAACAGAUUUGUAACAGUAUUUGUAUUCAUAGUUUUGACUUGGUUUGAGAGUUGUUGGGGUGCCCUCGUGUGGUCAGAGCGGGGACUGCAUCAAUUUACCUAACUGACAUUGUAGUUUGGGUUAAGUUGACUUUAGAGCGGCCAGUUGGUUACGGUAAAACAUGACUGACGGGAGUUAGACUAAAAGAAAACAAGGCUAAUUUUCCAAUAGGGUGCCUUGAACCAAGGAUGUACUAUAUGAACGCCGAUGCAUUAAACUGUUGCAGAGGGCGCAAUAAGAUGACGUAACUAAAAGAGCGCCAGUCAAACCUCAAACUUUUUUUUUUUUUAAUGUAAACUUGGUAAGCUUUUUUGGCUUGUUUCAUGUAUUUGAGGUGCUGUCACAUUUCUUCUGGAGCUAUGUUUGUCUGCCGCUAUUUUAUGCAUCUUUAGCGGACGUUUAAAUCACAUACAUUGUGUACUUCAUAAGUUCAGUCUAUUCAGUUUACUCCUACCGAUAAAGCAACCGUUCUUUUCCACCGUAAAAACGUUUUUAUGUUUCAAGUUUUGUCA